AUGCGUCGCCGUGCCAACAACGUCCUGUUGAUGCUCAAGGAGAAAGGCUAUGGAGUCACUAUGCGGGCGAACCAGACCUUCGGCGCUGGUAACACGAGGACUUUACACAUGCAGAGCUUUCCCCGUCGCUUCGCCAGUGUCAGGGACAUGUUUACCACUGAGGGAAUCGCCGAUGCUAUCAAGCACAGUCAUGAUAUGGUACUGACCAUCGACAUGGAGAUAUGGCAAAGCAAUCUCGAGGGAGCGAUGAGUUCUUUGAGCACUAAGGAGACUGAGAUUCCCUGGCUGGCUGUACCAUCGCAUUGGCACGGUUCCCAUUCCCAUUCCUGGAGAGCCUCGCGAGCCGAAAGAAAACUACUAUGUGCCCCCGAGAGAAAGCACAACGGCAUCGCCAUCGGUAACGUCGAUCGACCAGCUCUCAUUGAUCCGCUUCCAUUAAAGGAAGAACAGCACUCGGAGCUCUAUCGUGGAAUGAGCAAAGCCAACAGAGACCAAGCUCUACUUGACCAUCUUGAGAGCCUGGUGAAAACACGCCACCAAGAAGACGACAUACCUCGACUACUCUUCAUGACCUACAACCAAUUCGAGCCAACAGCAGCUGCCAAAGCUAUCUCCACGGACGAUCCAAUCACACUCGACGUCCGCUUGUAUAACAAGCUCCAUAGCACCGCCGGCGGGCAAAUGGCACUGCCAGAUCUGAUCCUGGUGGAAGAAUAUGCGGAGAAAGGUGCAACGAGCAGCAUCGUCAAGGACAUUGCAAAGACGAUCUACCGCAACGUCGAAGCUCUCGACAAGGAUAAGGUGGCCGAUGAUGAGUCUAGAACAGCUCUGCUGUUUGGUCCAAAGCUUGAGGGUAAACGGGCGAUCCAGUUUUGGAUCAUGCCACAGAGUAUUCAGAUGGAGAAGAUGUACAUGUAUCACGAGGAGAGCUUGGCGUGGUUUUUGGAUCCGGAUCUUGCGAGUGAGGGGGAGAGGUUGUUGUAUGUUGAGGCGCAUCUUGUGCCUAAGUAG